AUGCACUCACGUGUUGCUGCAGUGAAGGCACCCCGCACACACAACCGUCGCCGCGUGACCGGAUCCGGCAGAAGGAGGAGGGAAGGAAGAGAGAGUGAGCCGCCGAGGCCCAACAUGUCCCGGCAUGUGUUUACUUCCGCGGUGCUGCUUCUCGUCGUGAUGAUGUGCUGCAGCACUGGAGGGGCCGCAUCCAGUAAGGAGACUUUGUCCGGUUCGGGAUCCUCACCAAAGCCACCUUUUGCUUGGAGAGAUACAACAGCUGAUGAAACAGUGAGUUCGCUCCGUGUUCCCAGUCUUUUUGAGAUGAAUGAUGGUGUGUUUGCCGUUGCCGAGGCGCAGUGCACGAAGGGAGGCAGCGGUUUUACUGGGAUUGCCUCGGAGUUGUUGACAUUGACUGAUGAUAAGCCAAAAGAGGACUUGGAGAAAACUAAACUGAAGACACAAGUACCGGAGGGAUGUAUAUUUGAAGGAGGGAAAUGUCCUGCCGGUAGCGAAGAGAAAUGCGCCUGCCGUAUAGCGGGUCAGGAUGAUUCUCAAAGCAAGACUAAAGUACAUGUGAGCCGACCAACAACAGUUGUGAAGGGAAGUGAUAUUUACAUGCUUGCUGGAAACUAUAGUUGGGCAUAUGCCGAAAAUUAUCAGGCAGUUGGCUGGGGACUCAUGCUGGUGAAAGGACACGUCAGUGGUGAGAACCAAAAUGAUAAAAGAAUUUAUUGGAACGAUACUUACGCCAUUCCGUGGACUUAUAAAGGCAACCAACACAGUAUCUUGAAGCGGCUGAUUGGAGGCGGUGGAUCGGGCGUUAAGAUGAAGGACGAUACGCUUGUGUUCCCAUUGGAAGGCACCAAAAAGAAGGAGGCCGACGCCGAAGAGGAUGGAAAGACCGUUUCGCUGAUUAUACACUCUUCGGACAAUAUAAAUUGGAAGCUGUCGAAGGGGAUGUCUGCCGAUGGCUGCGGUGAUCCCUCCGUCGUGGAGUGGAAGGACAAAAAACUCAUGAUGAUGACUGCGUGUGAUGGUGGCCGCCGCAGGGUGUACGAGUCCGCUGACAAGGGGGAUUCGUGGACGGAGGCACUCGGGACACUCUCGCGCGUGUGGGGCAACAAACACAAGGGACCUGCGAAGGGCGUUACAAGCGGGUUCAUCACAGCGACGAUUGACGGUGUCGAUAAUAACAGGGAUGUGAUGCUCGUUACACUGCCGGUGUAUUCCAAAAAAGAGAAAAAUGGAAACAACAAUCGAAAGGGUGAACUCCAUCUUUGGCUGACGGACAAUACGCACAUUGUUGAUAUUGGGCCGGUGUCCGAGGAAGAUGAGGACGCUGCCGCCAGCUCCCUGUUGUACAAAAGUGGGAAUAAUAAGAAGGAGGAGUUGAUUGCACUGUACGAGAAGAAGAAGGGCGGUGAGGAUACAACAUCAUUCGGUAUGGUCUCUGUGCUUCUGACAGCGCAGCUGCAGCGGGUGAAGGAGGUGCUGACGACAUGGAAGAAUGUGGACAAACGUGUCUCCAAGCUUUGCCCCACUUCAAGUGCUACGGAGGAUUCCUCAACUGACAGUCCCUGCGGCGAUAUUACGAGCACGACUGGGCUGGUUGGCUUUUUGUCCGGCGACUUCUCUGGGAACACAUGGGGGGACGAGUACCUCGGCGUGAACGCCACAGUAAGGAGCGGUGUUGGGGCGGCAACAGAGGUAGCUGAGAAUUCCGAUGGUGUGACUUUCCAGGGAUCGUGGGCGGAGUGGCCCGUUGGCGAGCAGGGGGAGAAUCAGCUGUACCACUUUGCGAACUACAACUUCACUCUUGUGGCCACGGUGUCCAUUCACGAGGUGCCGGAGGAAGGUAACUCCAUUCCUUUGAUGGGUGUGCGUCUUGAUGGUGGUGAAAAAAAGCUUAUGGAGUUGUCGUACGACAGCGAAAAGAAGUGGCGGGUGCUGUGCUGUGACGGAAAGAUCAAGAAGCUUAAAAGCACUUGGGAGAAAGAUACAACACACCAAGUGGCCAUUGUGCUGCAGAACGGCAGUCAGGGCUCUGCGUACGUCGAUGGUCAGCGUGUGUGUGGGAGUGUGGAACGUGAAUUGGAAACUACGGAUUCGACGAGGAUCUCACACUUCUAUAUUGGAGGGGAUGGGGGCAGCGCAGGGAGCGAAGAAGGCGUGUCUGUGACUGUGAGGAACGUCCUGCUGUACAACCUCCCGUUUUCAUUUUCAGGUGAGAAUGCCGAUGUGGAAGAAGAUGCCGAUUCGCCAUCGGAAGAUCCGGAAUCAGUGGAAGCCAAUUCUCCAUCCGUGGAAGGGGAACAAAUUGUGGCCCUCCCUGCGACGAAACCUUCUGAAGCUCCAGAAGAACAAGCGGCCUUGCGACGGCCUCGAAAAGAAAGUGAGGCACAGCAAAUAACAACGGAGGGGAAGCCUGUCACCACACAGCAAGUGCCGACAGCUUCGAACUCCCAUGCCGUUGGAGGAGCAACGGGUGAUGCUGGCAAUGUUUACAGAAGCGGGCUGCUGCCGCUGCUCCUUCUGCUGGGACUGUGGGGAUUUGCGGCACUGUGA